CGCUGGGUGUGGGGCCUCUGUGGUGGUCCUGAUGCGCCCCAUGCCGCAUUGUCUGUUUCUACAGUCAACACAGAGAGCCGCGGCGUGGGGAACAAGCAGAGUCAGCUCUCUGUGAGCUCACAUAUUGUACAAGAGGAUGAAUUGCUGAAAGCAUUGAAGACCAACGAAUCGCUGCGCUUGACCUUUAAUCUGCAACUGACCGAGAGCACCUCGGUGGAAUGGGAGACAGUGGUAUGGCGCGGCUGCAUGUAUAUCCGCGUCCCAAGCUGUCUGCUUCCCGAGGGCUCGAAGGAAGGCUUCGUGUCUCUUCUCGAAUACGCCGAGGAGACACUGCACUGCACCAACAUCGUGUUGUGCCUGCGCAAGGACCGCUCUGAUCGAGCGAUGCUGGUUCGUACCUUCAUGUUUUUGGGCUUCUCGGUACUGCCUCCAGACCAUCAGCUGGUACCACCGGGUAGCGAUUCUGGCAAUCUCUAUAUGCUCUAUGCCAUUGAGUAAUCACCACGCUGCAAGCCAAACAUCUCUUAAAUUUAACGCAUAGGUUUUAAUCAUGAUCAUCCAGACCGAUCGAUCCAUAUGUAUUCAUUUAAAAUUGAAAACACUAUUCUUAUUCAUUGGAUGAAGACAACUUAUCAUGGUUUAUAAUUUUUCUUUUUAGUACUCAAAUUUAUUUUUGUACUAAAAACAAACUUUGGGGCCGUUACUAAUAUUAUUCCAAGCUGCAGAAUUUUUUAAGAAUGAGCUAAAGAUAACAUUCCGAUUAAUUAUUUGUUUAGAAAAGUUAACUAUAAAAAUCUUAACAUUCAGUUUUUUAAACGCACAUAUUUUUCAUUCUCGCAGUUUUUAAUAAUAACAACGGAAACCUAAGCGUUAAAAUUUAGAGAUGUAACUUGAAUGCAGGUGAUUGCCAGAUGAAAUAGAGUCAUGUAAGAUUAGCUAUUUUAAAAUCAAUUCAUUCUCUAAAUACAAUAUUAAAAUUUAUCUCGUCAGAAAUAAAAUGCUCACAAAAGCUUGUCCCUCGUAUUUCUAAAGUAUUUAGUGGUUUUGAACAUUGUCUAUUAUCAUCAAGACUUGACAAAACUACUGAUGUUUAAGGAAAUUUAUUAUCGACAAAUCUCCGUGUUAAUUAGGUGGCAGAUUGGGUUUAAACUGUAUAUAAAAUGUUAAAAUGCAACUUAUUAUUGUUUAAAGUGCGUAUAUUAUAAUUAUUAAUAGCAAUAUCAUCUGAAGUUUGUGUUCAAUUAUUUAACUGGCUUUAAAAGCAUUAUUAAUGAUCAUUAGUAUGUAGUUUAUAUAUGUAUUUAUGAUUACUUGAAAAAGUUUGAAUGCAUGAUACAUGCAACCUUAAUUUUUAAACUAUUCUCUUUUCAAUUUAUUGGACCUGCUGAAAUGGCUGUGCUGUACUUAAAACUGGUUACUGGCAUCAACUAGAAAAAAUUGUUCAUCUUAUGUGUCACUCAUUUUUUUACUUGAAGUUUGGACAAAUUUCAUUAUAACGGAUUGUAAUUUUUGCUUCAGUAAUCAGUUCAAAAGUGUAUUAAGUAUUAUUAUAAUAUGUUUAAGAUAUUUAAGAAUAUGAAACAGCACUUAAAAAGAAAAAACUGAUGAACUAGUUAGCUAAUACAACCUUUUGACAUCAAUGUAAAGCAGGAAGCCAUAAAAAACCAAUAUUUAUAUUUGCAUAGUUGAUAUUAUUCUAUUCGUAAAGCUAUUAUGAUUUCGUAUUUUUAACAUUAAUAUCAUUGAGUUAUUGUUGCAAUUGCACAGAACAUUUAAUUCGAAAAAUUACAUAAUCUAACAAAAUCCAUUAACUAACAAUUGGAUAUCCCCUAUCAGAUAAUUCCCAAUCAAUUAACAUGUGAGAGUUUUUGUUAAUAAAUGCGCUCUUAGUGUUGACAAGAUCAACAGACUGUAAAAUUUUAAAAAUGAAUAAAAAAAAUUUAAAAAUAAAAAAAGUGUAAAAAAAAAUGAAAUGUUAGUAGUUGGUAAGGCGUAAAAACAGUAAUGAGUAAACAAAAAAAUUACUGUGUUUAAACUGUUUUGGAAAAAUGGAUCGCAGUAAGUGAAAGAUAAAGUAAAUAAAUAAUUGCAGAUAAAUAAUUAUCUUUUGAAAAUUACAUUAUUUAAAAUACAUAAAUUGUAUAAAAUGUGAUAGGAUAGACCAUUAACAGAUAAUGGCUACGUGCACUUGACCUAUGAAAAAAACAUUUUCUGUGCUAUGUUAACAUACAUUUUUGAUUAUUAAAUAAAUAUUCUACAAGGAUAGUAUUUUUAUAAUUAUUUUUCACUUCUUAAGUUUGAUUGCAAAAAAUAUUUAUGCACAUUAUUUAAUCACUCAAGUGUGUCACGAAAAAUUGGACUUAUAAAUAAGUUUCAUAACUUAAAAUUAUAUGUAUUCUCAGUUUAAUAAAUUAUAUAUUAAUGGAA